ACUAUUUUUGAAGAAAAUCAAAAUGGCGUCUUUCCAUGUUCGGCCGUUGUUGAGGUUGGGUGCCAUUGCAGCUCCAAGGCUACUUCUAAAAAAUCAAUACAAAUGCAGCAAGCCUUGUUUUGCUUCUGCUAUUUUCUCACAGCAGUCUCGGAAACUCUCCAGUGAAGUGGCAGUAAAAGAGGAUGCAGCAGUGGCUCAGCUAUCAGAGUUUGGACAAUACGUGGCCAGCAUUCUCCCAAAGUACAUCCAGCAAGUUCAAAUGACACAAACCAAAGAACUAGAAUUACUCAUUGCUCCUGAAGGAAUUAUCCCUGUUUUGACUUUCCUCAAAGAUCACACUAAUGCACAGUACAAGUCUCUAGCUGACCAAACAGUUGUGGAUAAAUUAGGAAAGCCUUAUAGGUUUGAGAUUGUGUACAAUUUGCUCUCCCUGAGAUACAACUCAAGGAUCUGUGUCAAAACUUAUACUGAUGAACUAACAGCAGUUGAUUCUGCUAACCCUGUGUUUAAGGUGGCAAACUGGUAUGAAAGAGAGAUUUGGGAUAUGUAUGGUGUAUUCUUUGCUGAUCAUCCAGACUUGAGAAGAAUCCUAACAGACUAUGGAUUUGAAGGACAUCCAUUUAGAAAGGACUUUCCCUUAACUGGUUAUGUGGAGUUCACAGGGCUGGAUGCUCUUCAAGCAAAGCUAGAUAGAUCUCAUCUCUUAGCAACAAGUCUCUCUCCACCCACGGAAGGGUAAAAAACGGGUAUCAAGAAAUUAUCAGGGGAGCCUGGUGAAAUGCCUGGGGUAAGCUUGCAAUGAACUGGCUUCCCAUCCAGAGGGGGAAGGGGAGGGGAGGGAGAGAAGCAGUUAACUCCUAGUUUCUUCUUGCUGAGGAAACUAAGAUAAGCUCCAGCUACCGGUAGGCGGGCAACUAGGCUUGAGUUCAGACUUUCACUCCCAAGGUCUCAUUAGUUAUUCUCCCUACGGUCUGCCAUAUAGUUCUUAUGAUGUUAGUUUGGAGAAUUUUGUAUUUAAUCAACCUAAAAUCCACUGAUUUAUAUUUGUCUUUAUUCUCAUCUC